GUUGUUUUUAAUUUUUUUUUCGCCAAAAUGAUACACAGUUUAUUCAUAGUAAACAGUAGCGGCGAGGUCUUCUUGGAAAAACACUGGCGUUCUGUUGUUUCACGUUCCGUAUGUGAAUACUUUCUCGAUGCUCAGCGCGCCGCUCCAUAUGAUGUGCCGCCUGUAAUUGCCACGCCUCACUACUACCUCAUCACGGUGCAGCGCGAGAGCGUUUCCUUGGUGGCCGCCUGCAAGCAGGAGGUGCCACCUUUGUUUGUCAUCGAGUUCCUGCACCGCGUCGUCGAUACAUUCCAAGACUACUUUGGCGACUGCUCCGAGACUGUGAUAAAAGACAAUUAUGUGGUGGUCUAUGAGCUGCUCGACGAGAUGCUAGACAAUGGCUUCCCACUGGCCACAGAAAGCAACAUACUAAAGGAGCUUAUCAAGCCGCCCAACAUAUUGCGCACCAUUGCCAAUACAGUGACCGGCAAAAGCAACGUCAGCACCACCUUGCCUUCCGGCCAGUUGUCGGCAAUUCCCUGGCGCCGUAGUGGCGUACGCUAUACCAACAAUGAAGCCUACUUCGAUGUUAUCGAGGAGGUGGAUGCUAUUAUUGACAAAUCUGGCUCCACAGUCUUUGCUGAAAUCCAAGGCUAUAUUGACUGCUGCAUCAAGCUGUCGGGCAUGCCAGAUCUGACGCUAUCUUUUAUGAAUCCACGUCUCUUCGACGAUGUCUCCUUUCAUCCCUGUGUGCGUUUUAAGCGGUGGGAGGCUGAACGUCUGCUCUCCUUCAUUCCGCCCGAUGGAAAUUUUCGGCUUAUGUCCUAUCACAUCAGCUCACAGUCUGUUGUGGCCAUCCCCAUUUACAUUAGGCACAACUUCUCCAUCAAGACUGGCGAGCAGGGACGACUGGAUCUGACCAUUGGGCCACGCAACACCUUGGGUCGGACCGUGGACAAAGUGAAACUGGAGCUAACCAUGCCCAAGUGCGUGCUAAACUGUCUGCUGACACCCAACCAGGGCAAGUACACAUUCGAUUCUGUUACCAAAACACUCUCCUGGGACGUAGGUCGUAUCGAUGUGGCCAAGCUGCCCAAUAUACGUGGAUCGGUUUCAAUCACGCCCGGCAGCACCAAUAUCGAUGCCAAUCCAUCGGUAAAUGUGCAAUUUCAAAUUUCACAGCUUGCCGUAUCCGGCCUGAAGGUCAACCGUUUGGACAUGUACGGCGAAAAGUACAAACCCUUCAAGGGCGUCAAAUACAUAACCAAAGCCGGAAAAUUCCAGGUUCGCAUGUGAGGAGCACGGCGACCAUCGAGCAUCGUCUUUCUAAGCUAUGAUUAAGUUAAAUUUAAUGUGUUCUAUAUACACAUACUUAUAUUAUAUACAUAUUUUUUUUUAAGCUGUACUAUCUCAACCAUGUACAACUGCUAUAAAUGUUAAACGCAA